CCCUCGCCCGGCCAUGGAGAGGAUCCCCAGCGCCCAGCCCCCGCCCGUGUGCCUGGGCAAGCUGCCCGCCCUGGACAGCCCCGACAUGCCCGGGCUGGACUUCGCCCACAUGUACCAGGUCUACAAGCCCCGGCGAGGCUUGAAAAGGAGCGAGGACAGCAAGGAGACCUACAAGUUGCCCCACAGGCUGAUAGAAAAGAAAAGGCGGGAUAGGAUUAACGAGUGCAUCGCCCAACUGAAAGAUCUCUUACCAGAACAUCUCAAACUUACAACUUUAGGUCACUUGGAGAAGGCAGUGGUUCUUGAACUUACCUUGAAACACGUGAAAGCACUGACCAAUCUCAUAGAGCAGCAGCAGCAGAAAAUAAUUGCGUUACAGAGUGGUUUACAAGCUGGUGACCUGUCAUCAAGAAACCUUGAUUCCAGCCAGGAAAUGUUUCGAUCUGGUUUCCAAAUGUGUGCCAAGGAAGUGCUGCAAUACCUGGCAAAGCAUGAAAAUAGCAAGGAUCUGAAAUCUUCCCAGCUAGUCAAUCAUCUGCACCGAAUGGCUUCUGAAGUCCUUCAGGGUGGAGGCAGCCGAAAAUCUGGAGACAUGUCCCCCAAAAUGGUGGUGGACUUGAAGGAGAAGUCCAGCUCUUUGACCAAAAUGGCUGAGGGACAUGGGAAAAACUGUGUGCCUGUUAUACAGAGGACUUUUGCCCACUCCAGUGGAGAGCAGAGUGGCAGUGACACAGACACAGACAGUGGGUAUGGGGGAGAACUGGAGAAAAGUGACUCAAAAUCUGAUCAACAGUAUUUCAAAAAGGAUACAGAACUCAAAUAUACUGUGCAAGAGAGAAUAAGCUCUAUUAAACAGGAGACGGAGGACCCACCCGCCAAACGGACCAGGAUGGAAACUUCAGAAGAUGAAGGCCAUUUUAGCAGUGAUAUGAUUGGCUCUUCAAACAGCUUUUUGGGCCCUCACCCUCACCAGCCUCCUUUGUGCCUACCGUUUUAUUUGAUCCCGCCAUCUGCAACGGCCUAUCUGCCGAUGCUAGAGAAGUGUUGGUACCCAGCGUCUGUGCCCGUCUUGUAUCCAAGUCUCCCAGCCUCUGCUGCAGCACUUACUGGGUUAAUGAACCCGGAUAAAAUUUCUCCACCUCUGCUGAUGCCUCAGAGACUCCCUUCCCCUAUACCAGCCCAUUCCCCUAUCGACUCUUCGGCCCUGCUUCAAGCUUUAAAGCAAAUUCCUCCUUUGAACUUGGAAACCAAAGACUAAGCAGAGUGUGACUUUUUUUUAAAGUUUGAGACUGUCAAUUUUAUAUAGCGGCUGGACUGAGGUGUGGGGAUAAGGUUCAUUGUGUAUAGGAAGCUAAAUCCUCUUUUCCCUGACUCCUCAGAUAGCUUGGGAAAGGAUGAAGGAUGCACCAGGUUAGCCAUUCAGAAGAGUUUAAAAGGAAAAAAGAAAAAAAAAGGUUUCUUUGUGCUUUACCCCCAACCCACCCCAUUCACCAAGCAACAGCUGACUUACCCCGCUAAGAUUAUAUUUCAAAGCUGUGAAAAAAUUUCCACAAGGCAGAUUUAGGUUUUAGGGUCUGUGAAUAUAAAAAUAUGGUACUUCUUAUGAGGGCUUUUCGAA